AAAAAAUAUAUUAAAAAAAAGAUGGCAAAGGAUAAAACUCAUGUUAAUGUUGUUGUUAUUGGACAUGUUGAUUCAGGGAAAUCUACUACUACUGGGCAUUUAAUUUAUAAGUGUGGUGGUAUCGACAAGCGUACUAUUGAAAAAUUUGAAAAGGAAGCGGCUGAGCUUGGGAAGGGCUCUUUUAAGUAUGCUUGGGUUCUUGAUAAGUUGAAAGCAGAACGAGAGCGUGGUAUUACUAUCGAUAUUGCUCUUUGGAAAUUUGAAACCUCUAAAUAUUAUGUUACUGUUAUUGAUGCACCAGGGCAUCGUGACUUCAUUAAAAAUAUGAUUACCGGUACUUCUCAGGCAGACUGUGCCAUUCUUAUUAUUGCCAGUGGUACUGGUGAAUUUGAGGCUGGUAUUUCCAAGGAUGGUCAGACUCGAGAACAUGCCCUUCUUGCUUAUACUUUAGGUGUUAAACAGCUUAUUGUCGCUGUUAAUAAAAUGGACAAUACUAAUUGGUCUGAAAGCCGUUUUGAUGAAAUCGUUAAAGAGACUUCUAAUUUUAUCAAGAAAGUUGGUUAUAAUCCAGCAACUGUUCCGUUUGUUCCUAUAUCUGGAUGGCAUGGUGAUAAUAUGGUAGAGGAAUCUCCUAAUAUGCCAUGGUUUAAAGGAUGGACUAAAGAUUGUAAAAAUACAGUGUUAAAGGGGAAAACUUUAAUUGAAGCAAUCGAUUCCAUAGAACCUCCUGUUCGUCCUUCUGAUAAGCCUCUUCGUCUUCCUCUUCAGGAUGUAUAUAAAAUUGGUGGUAUCGGAACAGUUCCUGUUGGUCGCGUUGAGACAGGAAUCAUAAAGCCAGGAAUGGUCGUUACAUUUGCUCCCUCUGGUUUGACUACUGAGGUAAAAUCUGUCGAAAUGCAUCAUGAGCAGCUUACAGAGGCUUUGCCUGGCGAUAAUGUUGGUUUUAAUGUUAAGAAUGUUUCUGUUAAGGAGAUUCGUCGUGGAAAUGUUGCUGGUGAUUCUAAGAAUGAUCCUCCUAAGGGUUGUGAAGGUUUUCUUUCUCAAGUCAUUAUUCUUAAUCAUCCCGGCCAAAUUAGUGCUGGUUAUGCACCUGUUUUGGAUUGUCAUACUGCCCAUAUUGCAUGUAAGUUUUUUAAUAUUUCAGAGAAAAUUGAUCGACGUACUGGCAAGAAGAUUGAGGACAAUCCUAAGUUUGUGAAGUCGGGCGAUGCUUGUAUUGUCGAUAUGGUACCAAGUAAGCCUAUGUGUGUUGAGUCUUUUACCGAUUAUCCUCCAUUGGGUCGAUUUGCUGUUCGUGAUAUGAGACAAACUGUUGCUGUGGGUGUUAUUAAAUCUGUCUCUAAGAUUGAGAAGGCUGGUAAGGUUACUAAAGCUGCUCAGAAAGCCUCAAAGAAAUAAGG